GAUAAGAUAAACAUGGCGGAUGCGUUUCACUCGCAGUGUUAAUAGCACUGGCGAUGUUAGUGUUUUAUUUUGUUUACUUAACACGUCCCAAACUGUUGCUGUAUUUAUAUCAGUCUUGUUUUCUCUCUAGUGAGCGCUAUGGGGAAAAAAGAAAAGGGUGACCGAGACAGAAAGUCAAAGAAACGCUAUUAUAACGAUGAUGAUGAUGAGGAGGAAGAAAGCUCCGCCCCUGGCGGCGAGUCACAGGAAGCCAUACCUGCAGCAGCGGGUAAGCAGGUCGAUGAAUCCAGCACCAAAGUGGACGAAUACGGGGCUAAAGACUACAGAUCACAGAUGCUGCUGAAGGCGGAUCAUUUCUCUCGACCUCUUUGGGUGGCUCCUGAUGGUCAUAUCUUCCUGGAGGCGUUCUCACCGGUCUAUAAGUACGCUCAGGACUUUCUGGUGGCCAUCGCAGAGCCGGUGUGCAGGCCCAUCCACGUGCACGAGUACAAACUGACCGCCUACUCGCUGUACGCCGCUGUGAGCGUCGGCCUGCAGACCUCAGACAUUAUAGAGUACCUGCAGAAACUCAGCAAGACGUCCGUCCCCGACGGCAUCGUUCAGUUCAUAAAGUUGUGCACAGUGAGCUACGGGAAAGUCAAGCUGGUACUGAAACAUAACAGGUAUUUUGUGGAAAGUGCUUUUCCGGAUGUGAUCCAGCGACUGCUUCAGGAUCUUGUGAUUCGAGACUGUCGUCUCCGCAACGCAGAGGGAGAAGAGCCUGAGCUCAUCACGGAGGUCAUCUCCAACAAACCUGCAAUCUCCAAGACCCUGCAGGAUAACGGUGCUGCGUCCACGUCACAGUCAGCAGACGGACAGGGCAGCAAUGCCCAGGUUCCUGAGGACAUCUUCAGCUACUACGAACAGAUGGACAAAGAGGAGGAGGAAGAGGAAGAGACGCAGACUGUCUCUUUUGAGAUACGCCAGGAGAUGAUCGAGGAGCUGCAGAAGCGCUGUAUCCAGCUGGAGUACCCUCUGUUAGCCGAGUACGACUUCCGUAACGACACGGUAAACCCCGACAUUAACAUCGACCUGAAGCCCACCGCCGUGCUCAGACCGUACCAGGAAAAGAGCCUGCGUAAGAUGUUCGGCAACGGUCGAGCUCGGUCCGGUGUGAUCGUCCUGCCCUGCGGAGCUGGGAAGUCAUUGGUGGGAGUCACAGCAGCCUGCACUGUGCGGAAGCGCUGCCUGGUGUUGGGGAACUCCUCGGUGUCCGUGGAGCAGUGGAAGGCCCAGUUUAAAAUGUGGUCCACCAUCGACGACUCGCAGAUCUGCCGCUUCACAUCCGACGCCAAGGACAAGCCCAUCGGCUGCUCGGUGGCCAUCAGCACCUACUCCAUGCUGGGCCACACCACCAAGCGCUCCUGGGAGGCUGAGAGAGUGAUGGAGUGGAUGCGCAGUCAGGAGUGGGGGCUCAUCAUCCUGGACGAGGUCCACACAAUCCCAGCAAGAAUGUUCCGGCGUGUUCUGACCAUAGUCCAGGCCCACUGUAAGCUGGGUUUGACCGCCACGCUGGUGCGAGAGGACGAUAAGAUCGUCGACCUUAACUUCCUGAUCGGGCCCAAACUGUUCGAGGCCAACUGGAUGGAGCUGCAGAACAACGGCUACAUCGCGAAAGUGCAGUGUGCCGAGGUGUGGUGUCCGAUGUCCCCGGAGUUUUAUCGCGAAUACGUGGCGAUAAAGACGAAGAAACGGAUCCUGCUUUACACCAUGAACCCCAACAAGUUCCGCGCAUGCCAGUUCCUCAUCCACUUCCACGAGAGACGCAACGACAAGAUCAUCGUCUUCGCCGACAACGUCUUCGCGCUCAAGGAAUACGCCAUUCUCCUUAACAAACCGUACAUUUACGGCCCCACGUCCCAAGGGGAACGCAUGCAGAUCCUCCAGAAUUUCAAGCACAACCCAAAGAUCAACACCAUUUUCAUCUCCAAGGUCGGAGAUACGUCCUUCGACCUGCCUGAGGCGAACGUUUUGAUCCAGAUCUCUUCUCACGGAGGCUCACGUCGUCAGGAAGCUCAGAGACUGGGCAGAGUGCUGCGGGCCAAGAAAGGGAUGGUUGCUGAAGAAUACAAUGCCUACUUUUACUCGCUGGUGUCUCAGGACACACAGGAAAUGGCUUAUUCAACAAAAAGACAGCGCUUCCUGGUGGACCAGGGAUACAGUUUUAAGGUGAUCACUAAGCUGGCAGGAAUGGAAGAGGAGAACUUGAUGUUCUCGACACGUGAGGAACAGCAGCAGCUGCUACAGAAAGUUCUGGCGGCGUCCGACCUGGACGCAGAGGAAGAGGUGGUGAUCGGAGAGUUCGGAGGAAAAACUCAGUUUUCUCGUCGAGCCGGCACCAUGAGCUCCAUGUCAGGAGCAGACGACGCCGUCUACAUGGAGUACCAGUCGUCACGAGGCAAGAUGGCAGCCUGCAAGAACAUUCACCCUCUCUUCAAACGCUUCCGGAAGUGAGCGUAGAGAAGAACGUCGCUAACGACACCCGAGGUGUCGGCUAGAGACGCGAUAGAAAGAGACUUAAAGCGUUAACGGAAAAAGAAAUAACGAGUGAAACGAAGAAAAUAUGUUCCAUAUGAUUUAAAGUGUCUGUACCAGAAAAGAUUACUGAUGUCCAUAACGGUGUCUUUUUGCUUUUUAAUAUUUUAUUUCUUGUUUUUGUACAAACACAAACUCGCCUUUAUUGACCGUUUCAUUAUAUUUUAUGACAAUUUAAAUAAAUGAAGUCUAUGUAAA